UCUGUCUGUCUGUCUUCUGAACCUCCCGCGUCACAGACUUUGAAGGGUCGCAGACACCGCCGCAUGUGCAACAUUUCCCGCAUCUCACGUCCGCUUAAAAAUGAGUGACUUCGCUUGGAUGCGGUCGCCGCUGUUGAGCUGUCACUCUCCGGUGACCAGAUGACUCUGGAGGCUGGUUUUGUUGUUGCUUCUGACGUCAGCGAGAGCUACAAUGAAGCUGACAACGAUGGAUAUAAAAAGCCGGUUUUUGAAGGCUGGUGCUCUGGUGCUCCAAGCUCGUCCUCUGCACCGUGUUAACGUCAGGCUCACCACACACAAGGGAGGGCAGAGGAGAUCAAGAUGCACUCUCUGAGAUUCACACCCAUCCUGCUACUGCAGCUGACUUUCCUCGGUGUGCUACAUGGUGCCAAAUGGACAUACAGUGGUCCAGAUGGAGAGCAGCACUGGUCCAAGCAUUAUCCGUAUUGUGGCGGCGCUUUCCAGUCUCCAAUAAACAUCAAGGCAGAGCUGCUGAGGUUCGACCCAACUUUGGGUCCAAUUGCGGUUCAAAACUACAACCUGUUGCCCAAUGAGCAGCUUACUCUUGGAAAUAAUGGACAUGCUGUACAAAUAUCACUGCCCUCUAAGAUGUACAUCUCCAGCCUGCCUCAUCGUUACACUGCUACUCAACUCCAUUUUCACUGGGGCACCUCCAGCAGACCUUUAGGCUCUGAACACAUGGUGAACAACAAGCAGUACGCAGCAGAGAUGCAUAUCGUACACUUCAAUUCAGAUAAGUAUCCCAAUAUGUCCAUGGCUGUAGACAAAUCAGAUGGCCUGGCUGUGCUGGGUGUCCUGAUUGAGGUUGGAGAGUUCAAUCCGGCCUUUGAACAGUUUCUGAAAUUCAUCAAUGGUAUUAAAUACAGGGAUCAAAAAGUUCAGGUGCCUGGAUUCAACAUCAGAGCACUGCUGCCUGCACGUUUGGAUGAGUAUUAUCGCUACGAUGGGUCACUGACGACUCCUCCGUGUUACCCCAGUGUCCUGUGGACUGUGUUCAGGAAUCAUGUAACAAUAUCGCGCAAACAGUUUCUGGCCCUGGCAACUGCCCUCUACUCCUCCCAUGCCCAGGACUCAGCCCCUGUGCCUCUGAAUGGCAACUACAGGAAACCGCAGCUCGCUGACAGCCGACUUGUACUGGUAUCUUUUAAGGAUGGCAGAGGACUGCACGGUAUUCCCACAGUGACAUCUUCAUUCACAAGGAAGCAAAUAGUUCAGCAGCUGUUGGUUGGCGACCUAGCAGACCUGGCCGACGAAGGGCUCUAUAAGCUUCUACCAAGUGGCUCAGAGAAACUACUUGCUGGCAAGAAGAAAGACCUCAAGUACCAGAAGAGUGAGAGUCUAGCCAAAUACAAACAAACAACACUGAAACCAACCAAGACGAGCCAGACCAGCCGCUUUGUGGGAAAGUUAGGGCUGGCUGAAGGUGCAGUGUGCUACAUCUCACUGGAGCAGAGAGUUUUCAAUCAGUUAAAACUAUCCCACGCUGAAACCCAGAUAGUUCAGGCUCUCAGAGAUGAAGUCUUUGUCCAGCUCAACCUCAGGAGCUACCUGGGCUGUAAGUCAGACUUAGCCCUCCCCACCGUUAGACACAUUCUUCGUGUACGGCCACCAACCAAUGAGGCGUUUGAGUUAGAUCGCUCUCUGACAAAAGCUUUGAUGGACCAGAAGAAGACUAGGCAAAGUGUGCCAGUGACAAAGACUGGCAGUCUCUCCCCUGCUAUUGUUCCCAGAAAACGACACAGCCAGGGUUAUCCACAUCCUUGGCUUUUUCCAAUGGAGUGGGAAGACUAGAGAGAUUCCUGACAUUGCUGCGACUCACAUUAUGUCACUUUGCGUGGCAGACAUCAUUUGUCUGUCCCACAAAGAAAGACAAAUUUUCAAGCCACACCCUGAAUUUCCUUUGACAAAUCUUUCUCACAAAUGUAUUUAAUAUUAAAUUAUUCUUUCUAGUAUGUGCACUUAAAUAUAAUAGUGUAUAUUAUAAAAAGACUGUAAUAUGAGUUAAGUUACUGUAGUUAUUGUUUUAUUGCCUAUCAAUAACCGGUCAUCACCAGUGUCUGUGCUCAAUACUGUAAUCAGAUUCUGAAACAUCAAGACAAAUCUCAAUAUGUAGAUUUUUGUCAUAAAAAUCUGCAAAAAUGAGAAACUGUAGGGCUGUAUACAAUUUUUCUUUGUCCUACCAUGCUUUAAAAUAAGCUGCUACAAAGCACAUAUUUCAUGCCUUUGAAUCUUUAUACAUGUAGCGCACAAAAUGCCUAGCAAUGAGUAUUUAUAGUUUCAUACUGUACGCCAAGUUCUGUUCUAUACUAUGAUAAUUGUGGAGCUGUCCUAGUAAUUAGAAAUGAAGCGAACCCAAAAGAAUUUGCAAGAGCUUAAGUGCUUUACGUCACAUCGCUGUCUUGUCUUCCAUUUUGUUCUGUUGUUCAAAAUACUUUUUACGGAACAUCUACUGUAUAUAGGGAUCUGUUUUAAAUAAAAGCAUUUUAAAUGAAGCUUACAUGGCAGAUUUCUUUCCUACUGCAUUUGCACCUUUCACUGUAAACGUACAUAACUAGAAUUAUUUGAAAAAUGUAGACUUUUUCAUGAACACACUAAGCAAAACUGUCUCAGCACCAUCAUACUAUCAUCUUUAUAUCUAAAGAUAUUUUUCUAAGCUGUGCCAAAAGGCGGAAAUCAGAGAAUGGAUUGUAUUUGCACUAAAUGGGAGAAACGUAUUGUGUUGUUUCUAGUAAAACAAUGAAACAUUACAUUACAUUAGUUUGAUAUAUAACAUGACUUGUGCUAAAAUUGU